AUGCUCAAUCUUUCGGCAGCAUUGAUGUCGCAUCAUUGGAGGGCCAUAGCCCAAGACAUAGCUCGCGAUGGCGAUCCUCAAGAUUACGAGGAAUUUGAAGCUGCAAAACAAGCUUUUUUACAUAUUAAAGAGGAAUCAGAAGCCAGAAUAGCAGCAUUAGCUAUCGAAAAAAAAUGGAAAAGCCAUUUUGGCCAAGAAGCAACGGUAGGCAGCAUUGCCCAAAAAGGAACCCUGAUGAGCAUGAUACGAUAUCCUUUGAUGAACAAAGCACAAGCAAAAGAAGCUACUUUACAUCUCCCCCAAGAUCAAACCGUAUCUCAAUUUUUAGAUGAACAAAAAUUUAAGGUUAUUCAGUGA